UACGGGGUCCCCCCUCCCAUUUCCCAGGUACUCCGGUAUUUCCCUUCUCCCCACUUUUACUAGUCUCCCUAUUUUAACUUUCAAGGGGGGCGUGACAACAAGCCGGCGGUACUUCCGCUCCAUCACGUAGCUUUCAAAAUAAAAGUCCACCACGUUUGCACCGCUUCGGAACCGGGACUUGAGGCCACCCGAGACCAGAAGUUCCGGUGUCCAUCACGACCAGAGGUUCCGGUGUCUAUCACGACCAGAAGUUCCGGUGUCUAUCACGACCAGAACCAAGCGUUUGACGGCCGGCCGAGAGGAGCCGAGAGGAGCCGAGCAGGCCAACUUGGCGCCAAAGAGCCGAGUGGACCCGAGGAAGGACAAAAUCAUUGCUAGUUUUUUUACCUUUGGACCGGAGCGGUGUCUCUCCUCUUCCGGGUCUGUACCAAGACCGUCGAGCCGAACCACUUGGAGCAGACGGCCACGUGAUCCAAGUUUGAGCGCGAGCUGACAGGAAGUGUACAGGAAGUGAAGGUCUUGUGUUCCUGUUUUGUCGCGUGAUCUCGCGGACCAAUAAGACGGUGAAAACCCUGUCACGUCUGCCUUCUAUUGUUUUCGGGUUCGAUCGCCCUGCAGCUCGCCCAUGACGUCAUGUCCACCCACGGGACCCGCGAAAAAACCUUACUCACCACCGAAGAUGAAGAGGAGCUCAACCCAUUCUCCUUCAGAGAGUUCCUCCGCUCCAAGAAACACGACCCGGAGGCGGACCCGGACCCGGACCAGCAGCAACCAGCAUGGAAGGUGGAGAAAAUGGAGGGUGGGUGGAGCCUUCAGUCAGGUGGAGAUGGCUCCUCCCACAGCGCGGAGGAUGAGGAAGAGGAGUCAUCCAUCUUGUUCUCCAAGCGAGGAGGCGGAGCCAACUAUGAGGGUGAUGAUGAAAUGUCCAUGUUGCAACCAAACACCUCCAGCAGGGAGCGCGUGGAACAGCUGCAGCAAGAGAACCGCUGGCUGAGGAGAACCAUCACGGACCUUCAGAGAAGAUCAGAAGCCAACGAGCAUAGGGUGGAGGCCCUGGAGGCGGAGCUACGGCAGCGGCGCUGUCAGGAGCAGCAGGAGGUCCGAGACAUGGAGAACAUGGUCCUCUCUGUGGAGCGGAACCUGGAGCUGAUGACGACAAGAGCCCUGAGAGCUGAGGGCGGUGCCUCCAAGAUGAGGGCGGAGCUCCGCCUGCUGCAGGCUGAGGUUGACCGUCUACGCUCAGAAAACGCCAGCCUGACGUCGGGCCAGUCUGACAUCGUCAUGGCGAUGAGGCACAACGCCCACGUGGCGUCUGACUACCUGGACAAGACGGCAAGCCACGCCCACUCCUCCAUCCGUCGGCUGCUGGAGGGGGCGGAGUCUCUGCAUCUGGUCUCCCAGCUGCUGCGCUCCAUCGACAGCGUGUCCGAGGUGACGUCGGAAUCGUGAAGCCGGAUGAAAUAAAAGGCGUCGUGGAA